AUGAAAACAGGUGCAGGCUUUGAAAUCAAGCUGGACGACCCCGAGGCUGACCUCUCACAGGAUCAGUAUGAGAAAGUCGUGGACAACUUCAAGCUGCUGGAUCAAAGCAAGACUGGCCAGGUGGGGAUUCUCUUCCGGGCAUUUGGGCAAAACCCCACAGAUGAGGAGCUUGCGGAGAUGCUUAGACCGAUCCCGCAGGUCGGCUUGGAUGUCGACGGCUUCAUUCGGUUCUUCAAAGGCAACUACAGGACGCCGACCACCGAAGACACGCUGUUGAAGGCAUUCCAGGUUUUUGAUCUGGAAGACACCGGCAUCAUGAGCCGUGAGAAGUUCAAGGAGAUGCUGACGUCUCUGGGCGAUCCCAUGCAGGAGCACGAGGUCGAUGCCAUCCUGAGAGAAGCUGAGGUGGACGAGAAAGGCCUGUUUGAUUACAAGUCCCUGGCCAAGCGUCUGUGUGAAGGGCCAAAGCGCAUACCAGACAUGCCAUAA